AUGCCUGAAAUUGUCGCCGACGUUUCAACCUCAAAUCCGGCCGGCGAUAACAUACAAACCGGAGGAUAUGUCCCACACAAAGAGCUUUUCGGCUACUCAUCGCCGAGAAGCCCAUUGACGACACUCAGCCCGGAGAGCGAUUCAAUGGGUUUAUCCGUUGACAGUCCCGGCGGCGUCGACACCUCCAUUGAACAGCUCUAUAACAACGUCUGUGAAAUGCAAAGCUCCGACCAGUCACCUUCCAGGUUCAGUUACUUAUCAUAUGGUCAAGAAUCGCGAAUAGAUUCCGAGCUCCGCUUUCUCGCCGGAGGAGACUUUAUGAAACCAGACGGCGGUGCUACAAAAGAGACAGUCGUCACAAUCGAUGAAAAAGAAGCGAAAGAAACAUCAAACGACAGCAACACGACUGUAAACAUCCCAAAAUCUGAACAGUCUUCAACUCCAAAAAACCGACUUCCUUCUCGUAAGAGGAUUCCAUCGAGGAUAAAUCUCAAAAAACAAGAAAAAAUUUCACCCAACGAAGAUCCAGCGUACCUCGGGACUUAUUUACUCAAACAAGCGCGAGACUUGUUGUCAUCAGGUGAUAACCCGAAAAGGGCUUUUGAAUUGGCUCAACGAGCAUUGAAAUCAUUCGAAAGCAUCCAAUCUGAGACACCAAAUUUGGAAGUCGUCAUGUGUUUGCACAUCGUAGCAGCUUUGAAUUGCAGUUCUGGACGUUACACCGACGCCAUUCCUUUGUUAGAACGUUCAAUCGAAAUCCCAAACAUGGACCAAGGUCAAAAACACUCUCUCGCUAAAUUUGCAGGGUGUAUGCAGUUAGGCGAUACGUAUUCAAUGAUUGGAAACAUCGAGAAUUCAAUACUUUGUUACACCGCCGGUUUAGAAAUCCAACGACAAGUUUUAGGUGAAUCCGAUUCCCGAUUUGGUGAAACUUGUAGAUACGUAGCGGAAGCUCAUGUACAAGGUAUGCAGUUCGAUGAAGCUAAGCGGUUAUGUCAAAUGGCUCUUGAUAUACACAAAAACGGUUCACCGGAAGAAGCCGCCGACCGGCGGCUCAUGGGGCUGAUAUGUGAAGCGAUGGGAGAUUACGAAACCGCCCUCGAACAUUACGUUUUGGCGAGCGUCGCCAUGGCCGGAGAUGGACACGAAACAGAAGUUGCUGCUAUCGAUGUUUGCAUCGGGGACGCUUAUUUAUCAUUGUCUCGUUACGACGAGGCGAUUUUUUCGUAUCAGAAAUCGCUUAAUCUUUUCAAAUCAACAAAAGGCGAUAAUCAUCCAUCAGUUGCUUCGGUUUUCGUCCGAUUGGCCGACGUCUACAACAAAAUCGGGAAACUACGUGAAUCGAAAUCGUACUGUGAAAACGCGUUACGGAUUUACGUGAAACCAGUCGCCGGAAUCCCUAGAGAAGAAAUCGCGAGUGGUUUGAUUGAAGUUUCGGCGAUUUAUGAGUCGAUGAAUGAACUCGAUCACGCAAUUAAUCUACUGAAGAAGGCGUUGAAGGUGUACGGGAAGGCGGUAGGUCAGUUGAGCACGGUGGCCGGAAUUGAAGCUCAGAUUGGGGUUUUGUAUUAUAUGAUGGGGAAGUAUUUGGAGUCGUAUGGGUGUUUGAAGGCGGCGAUUGGGAAGCUGAGGGCGGUGGGGGAGAAGAAAUCGGCGCUUUUUGGUGUUGCUUUGAAUCAAAUGGGGCUUGCUUGUGUUCAGAUUCACUCGAUAAAUGAAGCGGCUGAUCUUUUUGAAGAAGCGAGAGGUAUAUUGGAGACAGAGUAUGGGCCUCACCAUCCUGACACACUUGGGGUUUAUAGUAAUCUUGCCGGCACUUAUGAUGCCAUGGGCAGAUGGGACGAUGCGAUUGAGAUACUUGAAUAUGUGGUUGGGAUGAGAGAGGAGAAGCUUGGAACUGCGAAUCCGGAUGUGGAUGAUGAGAAGCGGAGACUAGCAGAGCUUCUUGGGGAUGCGGGCCGAAAUCGGAAUAAGAAAUCACUCUCACUUGAAUUCCUUCUUGAUGCCUAA